UGUCCUGAUUCAGCACAGUUGUAACAGUGUAGCACAUUUAAUACAUCCCUCUCCCAAAAGAAUGAUUUAUUAUAAGCCGCACGUUAUACAAUCAUAAUGCUACAUGUUUGUAUUAUUGUUUUUUAUCUCUAAGUUAUAUAAACUCACUGUGCCUGCCUUCACCCUACUGCAUAUGCCUAUAAGUGCCAGUGGCCUAAGUUCUGCUGUGUGGUUAAGAAACCAACAGAAAACAGAUGUAUAUCCUUAUAUAAAUGAAUAUGAUGAAGGAGGCAGAGGACAAAAAUUGGCAACCUCCAGGGAACAGGCAUGAGCUGAUGCAGCCGGCAUUUAAUCCAUACAGCUGUGAGAACAAUCACACUUGUGUAUUUCCUGUUCCAGUGAGAGGGGAAGGUGCAGCAACUUGAUGGUAUGUAAAAUGGAGCGGUUUACGGAAUUUGGCACUCAGACGGAUGCAGUGGUGGUGCUUUCUUUAGCACAAGCAGCAGUUCUAGGGCUGGUGUCAGAUAAUGAGCUUUUUGGUGCCACCAUUAGUCUUAGCGGCUUCUUCCCAGCCUCUAGGAGUGAAUUUUCAGAAAAUGGGCCCAUUGAGGCUGAACAACCAGAAGGUGAGCCUUACCUGAACACAGGAACAAGGGUUGCUGCUGAACCUCAAGAGGAUGAGGCCUUGGACUCUGAAAAGCUCACAAGGAGGAAGAAAAGGCCACCAGUAAGGGUGGUGCCAAAAAUUAAAUAUGAAAAAACAGAAGAGGGGGAAGAGGAAGAAGGCAAAAUAUACCAGGUAACAGUUCAACCUGAUAAAGAAGAAAAAGAACCAGAAGGAAAGCCAUUACAGAAUGUCCAGGAACAAGCAAGUGAAAGCUCUGUGCAGAGCAGCAGUGUGAAAAUGAUUGACCUCGGUUCAUUUCGCAGGAGGCCACGAAGACUUCGCCACUUAAAGGAGAGACAGCGUCAUGAGAUAGAGACGGAUUACCAACACCUACAACACUUACAGCAUCCAGUGCAGAACACAUACCCUCUUCCUUCUAUUCCAAUGAUUCCAGGAAACCCCAGCAUGGAAAACAUGCAGAGGCAAUGUAGCUUUGGUUCUAGUUUGCUUCCACCUAAUGACACAGUUGGUCCAGCUGUGGGAUCCCCAAAAACAGAAGACCAUGGACAAAACUAUGUAUGGCACGAGCCUAAUGAAUUUGAAACAGACACCGCUGAAUCUAUUGAGCGCAACAAAAAGGCUCAACUGGACCGUCUAGAUAUAAAUGUUCAGAUUGAUGAUUCCUAUUUGGUGGAAGCUGGAGACCGGCAAAAGCGGUGGCAGUGCCGUAUGUGUGAAAAAUCCUAUACCUCAAAGUACAAUCUAGUUACACACAUUUUGGGUCAUAGUGGAAUCAAACCUCACUCCUGCCCCCAUUGCAAUAAACUCUUCAAACAGCCAAGCCACCUGCAAACACACCUUCUCACGCACCAAGGCACUAGGCCACACAAGUGUGAGGUUUGCAAUAAGGCCUUCACACAGACUAGCCACCUAAAAAGGCAUAUGCUGCUUCAUACAGACAUUAAACCUUACAGCUGUCGAUUCUGUGGUCGUGGCUUUGCUUACCCAAGUGAGUUAAAAGCUCAUGAAGUAAAGCAUGAGAAUGGGCGCUGCCAUGUUUGUGUUGAGUGCGGCCUGGACUUUGCCACCCUGACACAAUUAAAACGCCACAUCUCUUCACACCAGGGUCCUACCAUGUACCAGUGUAUGGAGUGCAACAAGUCAUUCCACUACCGCAGUCAGUUGCAAAACCAUAUGUUGAAGCACCAGAAUGUUCGACCAUUUGUUUGUAAAGAGUGUGGCAUGGAGUUCAGCCAGAUCCAUCAUCUUAAGCAGCACUCACUGACUCACAAGGGAGUAAAGGAGUUUAAGUGUGAGGUAUGUGGGCGGGAAUUCACCCUGCAUGCCAAUAUGAAGCGCCACAUGUUGAUCCAUGCCAGUGUCCGUCCAUUCCAGUGCCAUAUCUGCUUUAAGACGUUUGUGCAGAAGCAAACGCUGAAGACUCAUAUGAUAGUCCACUCCCCUGUCAAGCCCUUCAAAUGCAAGGUUUGUGGGAAGUCCUUUAACCGCAUGUACAACCUGCUGGGUCAUAUGCACCUGCAUGCUGGAUAUAAGCCCUUCAAGUGUCCCUAUUGUUCCAGCAAGUUCAACCUGAAGGGAAAUUUGAGCCGUCACAUGAAGGUGAAGCAUGGAGUUAUGGACAUUGGUUUAGACAGCCAAGAUCCCAUGAUGGACCUGCCAGACCAAGAUGCUCGUGACAUGGAUGGCCAUCAAGAAAUGGAGGAUUAUGAGGAAAGUUCCUAUGGCUACAGAGAAGCAGAGAAUACUGCAGAGAACCAUGUGCUGACUGAACAGACCAUGAAGGAAAUGGUCUAUUACAAUGUAUUGUAGUUGAAAAGCAUUGAUCUUUAUGUGAAGAAUGAGCUCUCUGAUACACAUGGGAUACUUGUCCCAGAUGGUCUUUUGUUUCAUUCUUCCAAUGUUGGAAAACAAAUCAGAGCUUGACCUCUAUGAGAAAACAGCCUGUAUUUGUUGUGAUCGUAUGUCUUAGAGAAAUGGUGGAGGCACCGGAGGAGAAAUCACGUGAUUCUGCUUGUCCACUGCGUCAUUGGUUUUCUGAAGAUGGCACUUGGCUGAGUUCUCUAGGCUGUGAGACGCCUGUUUGCCUUGAUUAGAAAAUAAUCUGUACUGUAGGACACUAGAGGAGUCAGGGUGAGGGCCAGGCACAGACUUGGCUUUUGUCUUUCUGUAGUUUGAGCACUGGUAUAUCCAACUUUCUGUUUUCAGUGUCACUUGGACUAGGGGUGUCCUCUGACCUUAAAACACAGGCAGCCCAUAGAUGUUUUUAGGGGCAGCUACUCAUUCUGUUUUACUUUCAAGAUGCUUUACACUCUUACACUGAGGGGAAUCUCAUGUGGGGUUGGAACAGAACUGUUAAAAAUGUGAAUUAAACCCAAAAACCACCUUAGAGUAAAGGGAAAGACUUGCUGGUAGAGUAUUACCAUUUAACUGCCACUAUCUGCAGCAGGUAAUCACCUUCCAUGUUUUACCUACAGCGUAACAGUAACAGGUGGUUUAGUGAUAAUGUGAGGGGAAUUUCUUUAUUUGAACUGCAGUGUAAUCAGCUCUACCUCUGCACUGUUCCGACUUUGAGCCUGACCUAUAUUAACUACAUGUUUUGCAGCUGCCCAGAGGCAGUUGAGUUAAAGUGAAAUAUAGGCAGGCAUCUAAACUCUACUAUCUGUCCCAUACCCCUCAACCAUACAACACAAAGAGAAGGGUUCUAUGUAAAUAAGGUAUUACAACCUCUUGUGGAUUUACUGCUUUCUACUAAAGAUGAAAAGUGGAAACACAGGGGAGUAGAGAGUGUUGGGGAUACUGGAACAGAAACCUCAUUUUCACUACUGUGUCAUUAACCCCUAUUUCUCUGGUCAAACAGUGCACCCAUACCUCUCACUCUCCAUAACCUUGUGUCUAUGUAGCCUUAGUACCAAACUUCUAACUUCUCAAGAAAAGCACUUAACCAAUAAUCUUGUUAAGUAGGAUCUAGAAGAUUCUUGUUCAGGCUGGUCAUACAUAUCCACAUACACAGCCAUUCCAUGGACUGCUAGAUAUUCAGGUCCAUAGCCAGUUAUAUGCUGCACAACUGGUGGGCCAAAGGAUCAGAUUAUGGAGGCCAUGCAAAGUUGGUGGAUAUUACUGCAUAAAUCUGCUUACACUGUCAUAGGCCUACUGGGUUUUCAUAGAAGACCAAAGAAUUAAAAUCAGAUUGUUCUUAUUUGGGCAAGAACUGAUCAUUUGCAGAUCAUACUUAGAACAUUGUUGGGCCCGUUUGGUCAAAAACAACCCUUUGGCAUCCUGUUUAAAUCACAUCAUUGGUAGGGGUCCACGUCCUCCAGUUUCUAAAGCUGUUUAGAUCACCCACAUGUAUGAGAAUAAACAUAUUCAGGAAGACCCACUGCUAAAUUAAACCUUUUUCUGCCAAGGCUUUUAUCAGAAAUUAGGGCACCCCUUUAUGCCAACGUGGUCAUACCUCAUUUUGCCCAAACACACUGGUCCACUCAAGCUUUUUGUCUUGAUAAUAGGAGAGAAAAUAUUUGAAAAGUAACUAAAAUAUCAAAAAAAGUUGUUUUUUUUUAUACUUGUAUCAUUGCACAGAAUUGUUGUAAAUGUUUUUUUUUAAUGUUCAGAGCUGAUUCUGUCUCCUACAAUGGGUAUGGGGAGUGGAUCACACAAUGCCAAGGUUACCAGGAAGGACUGAAUAGUUAUUCUGCAUAGGACUGCUGUACACAGUGAUUCCAGUGAUUCCAGCAGAUACCACAAAGCAGUGCU